AAUGGCUACCAAAUGGCUACCAAAAAAUGGUCCGUUUUCGAUAAUAACUUAACUGCUCAGUUUAACUUGCGAUUUAUUAUAGAUAAUGAACAAGAUUUUAUCUUUCCCGAAACAACAACAGUCAAUUGCAAAAAAAUUUGUCAAAAAAAACCAGGCGGCAUAAAGAAAUGGAUGCUACCAAGGACAUAAUUUCGGUUUUUAUGCCACCAUUUGAGGGUUAUUGUCAAAAAAUACUAUCAUUUGAGGGUAUUUUUUCUAAAAUUCUAGCGUUGACCCUCUUUGACCCUGGCUGGAGGAUCCUGUUAGGCUAUAAUGGAAGUAUCCCCCGGGAUUGGAACACUGAGAUCUGCGACGACGUCACUAAAUGGGAUAGAUUUUCAAAGCUGAAAUCACAUGAAGACAUGGCCGAAAGAAGCAUCAAGGAAGAUGAUGGUGAAAAUAUCGUUCUGGAGAAGUUUUCAACAAUUCAAAUAGCAGAAAAUGCUCUGGCCAACAUAGAUAUACGCAAUGGUGCUGUAGCAAUUGGCAAUAAUGCAAAAAUUAUCAUCAAGCAAGAAAGUAUUGAUGCACCACGAAACAUCUGGUGGAAAGUGCAAAGUCCUGUUUCCUCUUUCUCAGGAAGAACAAGAGAAAUAGAAUUGUUGCAUAAAAUGUUGACCAAAGAUGGUUGCAACAACAAUACUGUUUCAUUACAGCCAUUUGUGGUUAUUGUCGGAUUAGGUGGAAUUGGAAAAACUGAGCUAGUAAAGAUGUAUUCGCAUUUGAGAGGACCAAAUUAUUUCGCAAACAAUGUGAUAUGGAUAACAUCGGAUGAUCAAAUGUCACUGUCAAACUCAUUCGUAAACUUAGCUCAAUAUCUAGGGUUUAAGGUUAGCGGUCAAUCUUUAUCUGUCACAGUGGCAAACGUAUAUGAUUAUUUUAAAAAAAGAAAAGCUUUAUUUAUUUUUGACAAUGCAGAAACUUUAGAAGAUAUACGUCCAUUUCUUCCUCAAGUCAGUCCAAUAGAAAUGAAGCCUUGUAUCUUAAUAACGUCGCGUAAUCAAGAAUGGGGAAAUGACGCAGGCAAACUUAUGCUGGAUGUGCUUGAAGAGUAUGAGGCUGUUUCUAUGGUAAUGAGUUCCCUCCAAACUGUGAUUGAAAUUACCACUGAAGAAGCUAAACAGCUUGCAGGGGAGUUGCAGAGUUUGCCACUAGCUCUUCAACAAGCUGUAGCAUACAUUAAAAAGUUCAACAAGCGGAGAAGAUUUACUGUUCAUGAUUAUAUCAAAGCCUUCCAAGCAAAGACAAAAGAUGUUCUUGGUUUCAAAAUCCAAGGCAGCGACUACACAAAAACUGUACUUGUGACUUGGGAGAUGUCCUUUGAUAAGAUUAGAGAAGGCGAAUCCAGCUCACUCGCUUCGCGUUUGAUUGGCAUUAUGGCCUACCUACAUGCAGACGAUAUUCCUUUUGAUAUGUUUUUAGAGUUGACUUCUGGUGAUAAAGAUUUGCUAUGGGACAGCUUUGAUGUCUUGCUGCAAUAUUCAUUGAUAAAAUCAUCUACGAGGCAGGAAAAGGGCAGCGAGGAAGUUCAAACACUCUUUCACAUUCAUCGUCUUGUCCAGAAAGUGAUUCAGCUAACACUUGAAUCUACUGAUGUAGAGAAAAACAUCGAGAAUUCAUUACGUUUGAUACAGGAGUUGGUACUUGGUGGAUAUAGCAAUUAUAAGAAUGAUAAACUUUACAAAUAUCAUGCUAUGCAGUUAUGGAGGCACGGGAGGGAAAAAGAGCCACUGAGAAAUAAAUUUUGUUUUUUACCUGUAAAGGUUUCUGAUGCACUUCUAUAUCAAGGCAGAUAUUUUGAGAGUCUUGACUAUGUAUGCGAGGAAUAUUUUUAUUUGGAGGAGAAUUUAGGCCCCGGUCAUCAUGCAACUCUGGCCCUGGUUUUCAAUAAAGCCCGAUCACUACAUUGCAUUGGGAAACAUAGAGAGGCAUUGCCAGUCUACAACGAAGCGAUCACUAGAUACACAUCAACAAUAGGAGAAUUACAUUGUGAUACACUAGCAGCAAAGAUCGAUCUUGGAUUUCUUCAUAUCGAUCUAGAGGAGCCCGAGAUUGCCUUGAGUAUAUUUCAAGAUGUUUAUGAAAAGAAGCUACAGUUGGAAAACGCGAAAAUUGUCUGCACCGAUGGAAUUGAACUCUACAAAUAUCGAGAUGUCUACACCGCCCUUUAUGGUAUCGGUCAUGCAUUACAACUCUUAGAGCGGUAUGAAGAGGCAGAGAAGCUCUAUGCCAAAUUUUAUGAGCAGCGUAGGAUUACCGACGGAGAAGACCAUCCAAGGCGUCUUCAUGCUGGCAAUAAGUUGGCCGAAGUUCUUAUCAAGCAAAAGAGACACAGUGAAGCGCAGAACCUACUGAAGGAUAUCUACGAAAGGCAGUUGUCAAAACUAGACGAUACACAUCCACAUUGUAUGUCGACAUUGGCAAAUAUUGUUGAGUGCAUGAAAAUCAACGAAGAAUUCGAGGAAGCUGCCAUUAUACUAAAUGAUCUGUAUCUUAAAAGAUGUAAAGUACUUGGUGCUGAUCACAAAGAUACUUUGAAAAUUUCAAAUAUGAUGAAGAAAUUGAAGACGGUUGGUGAAUCUAAUUAAAUUGGCAGGCAUAUUGCUUGCACUAAAGUUUUUUUUCGAAAGAUUUUGAUACUUAUUAUUGUCAUAAAAUAUUGCUUAAUGUAAUGCGUAAUGUAACGUAAACUAUGUUUAAUGUAAUCGUCAUUGGGUAACUAUGUAUUUCCAUGCUCCCUGUCACAUCGCCUUGUAGUAUGUUUGUUUAUAAAACGUUACGAGAAUAUGAAAAUAGAUAUGAGAAAAUAUUAUCGUCAAAUAAUUCAAUUAAACUUUGGCUUGAAUGAACUCCUAUUAUUGGUAGGAAUAAACCCCUUACAAAUAUGACGUGUUCUUCCAUAAAAAAACUGUUACAAGUACUGCCAAAAUGGAAAAUACAUUGAUUUUUAGUUAGCUUACUCAGCAAUAUAUGAUUUUUUAAAGAACAGUCAUUCCGAUGAAUUUGAUUUGGCCUUAGUAAAUUGACUUGAACAUUUUAUCGAACAUGGUUGAUUUUCUUUAAUUUGAUAUUGAAUUAUGUUAAGCUUAAAGAAUGCAGCCAUUGAGUGAAAGAAUUAAAUCGAUAAUAAGAAUGAUAAAGGAGAUUAUGAAACGUCAUGAAAGGUACUUUCUUGGUAUUCUUCAAUGAGAAACUGCUGUAAGUACUGCAAUUUCAUGCAAAAUGUUGUAAAGUUUGAAGAAUGCAGUCUUGAAGUAGCUAGAUAAUCUAAGUUAAUCCUAAAACCAGUCUUUUCACUUUUUAUCGCAAUACUGCCUCCCUUUUCAAUGUAAUUGCAGUUUACCCAUGCAGUAAAAGAAUUAGAUUCGAUAAUAAAAGGACAUGGGAUAUUAUGAAACGUCAUGAAAGGUACUUUCUUGGUAUUAAAGUUUACGUAUAUCCAUCGAGAGAUUUGCAGUAGGUAUUUUUUAGUCAUUAACAUGGCUAGAGGGUUAAUGCUCCGUUUUAUCGUUGAUGGUGUGUAUUUCUUUCUUUGAGUAUGUAUUUAUAGCAAGUUGCCGUUUUAACAUCUAUCAUUUUAACGGAUGUAGACUUACGACUUAUAGAAUGUUUAUUUUUUAGACUUAAAAGAGUGUUUUAAAUCACUGAAUAUGA